CGUCCAAGAUGCACAUUUAAUACAACUCUACAUUUUGACAUCUUGUGCUUCUACUGUUUCUAACCUUCCUUUCAUUCGCCGGACGUGUUGCUUCAUAAAACGUGUUAAGUUUUUGUUCAAUAAAUUUGUGAAUAAAUUCGAAAAAAAUGGCGGAUAUUGAAAUCAAAAAGGAAAAGAAAAAGAAGAAAAUCAAGGAAGAGCCGCUUGAUGUGGAUGAUCUGGGAGUGCUACAAAAAACUGGUGACUUUUCUGUAAAGCCAUCUGAAAAAUCUGUAAAGUUGGAUGCUUCGCAAUGGCCUUUGUUAUUGAAAAAUUUCGAUAAACUUAACGUGCGCACUAACCACUACACACCUUUACCUCAUGGUGCAUCGCCACUUAGCAGAGAUAUCAAAGAAUAUAUGAAGUCGGGUUUCAUUAAUUUGGAUAAACCGUCUAAUCCCAGUUCUCACGAAGUUGUCGCAUGGAUAAAAAAGAUUCUAAAAGUGGAGAAAACAGGACACUCUGGAACACUUGAUCCAAAAGUAACAGGUUGUCUCAUUGUUUGUAUUGAUCGCGCAACCCGCCUAGUUAAGUCGCAACAAAGUGCUGGUAAAGAAUACGUUGCCAUAUUCAAGCUGCACUCGCCAGUGGAUUCGGUAGCUAAAGUACGUCAAGGAUUGGAGAAAUUACGCGGUGCACUUUUCCAACGACCACCACUAAUUUCAGCUGUUAAAAGACAAUUGCGCGUCCGUACAGUUUAUGACAGUAAACUCUUGGAUUACGAUGAGGCACGAAAUAUGGGUGUUUUUUGGGUUAGCUGUGAGGCGGGUUCAUACAUACGUACCAUGUGCGUUCACUUGGGCUUAGUACUUGGCGUUGGUGGUCAGAUGUUAGAACUGCGACGUGUACGUUCUGGUAUACAGUCUGAGCGUGAUGGUAUGGUCACAAUGCAUGAUGUUUUGGAUGCCAUGUAUAUGUAUGAAAAUCAUAAAGAUGAGUCUAUGUUGCGACGCGUAAUCAAACCAUUAGAAGGAUUACUAGUUAACCAUAAGCGCAUCAUAAUGAAAGAUAGCUCGGUUAACGCUGUUUGUUAUGGUGCCAAAAUUAUGUUGCCCGGCGUAUUACGCUAUGAAGACGGAAUCGAAAUUGAUCAAGAAAUUGUCAUCGUAACAACAAAGGGUGAGGCCAUUUGCUUGGCUAUUGCCCAAAUGACAACAGCAACAAUGGCAUCAUGUGAUCAUGGUGUUGUGGCUAAGAUCAAACGUGUUAUCAUGGAGAGAGAUACUUAUCCGCGUAAAUGGGGCUUAGGACCUAAAGCUUCAGCAAAGAAAGCACUCAUAGCGGCAGGAAAAUUAGAUAAGUAUGGCCGUCCCAAUGAAAAUACACCCAAGGAGUGGUUAACUGGUUUCGUUGAUUACAAUGCAAAGAAACCGGCGGCAGCGGUAGCUCCAAAAAAUACAGCACCAACUAAUGGUGCCAGCACAGAGGAGGGUAAAAAGCGCAAACUGAGUGCGUCGAGUCAAGAUGAAAACAACACAGCAGUUGUAGAGCCUGUUUCUGAAAAGUCCGAAAAGAAGAAGAAGAAGAAGCACAAGUCAGAUAAAGAGACGCCUGAGGAAAUUGCUCAAACUAUAGAGGCUGAAGAGGAAGCGGAGGCGACAGAAAAGAAGGAGAAAAAGAAGAAGAAGAAGAAGGACAAAGAUAGGGAAAAAGAUGCUCAGGAAUGAAAAGCGCCUUUCGGAUUGCUAAAUUCAUAUCCAUAAACUGUAUUUGCAAUGCAUUUUAAAGAGUAUCAAACUAUUGAGUUAAUUUUAGUUUACUUUUUUAAUUACAAUCUUGUUUGCAAAAAAUCGAAGGUUGACUAACAAAUAAGCCUGAGGAGGCUCAGUAGUAUAUGGUCUGCUAAGACAUAUAUUUCGGUAUGAAUUGACAACACAUACUAGUCGACCUCAGCAAAUAUACAAAAAUACAAUAAUAAUAAUAUUGUAGCUUUAAGUUUAAAGAUAAGUCUGGCAAAUGUAGACUACUUAGUUUCUCAGCUGUAAAAUUGUAUAUUACCAAUAUGUGGCUGAUUUCAAACAUACAUGAAAAUACAAAAUGUAGCUUAUAAGAAAAUCGUAAA